GCUCAGGUAAACUCCAACAAUACUCCACCUUCAUCCUUACAAGGACAAUGUCGGAGAAACCUCUGUCUAACGAAUUCGUCGAGGAUUCCGACGACGAGGGCGUCACCACCGCCGCUGCUCCAGCCGUCGACGCCGACAACAACGACGAACACCCCUCAACCUCCGACAAGAAGCGAGCCAGGGACGAUGACGACGACGAAGAGGACGAAGAAGAUGAUGAAGAAGACGACGAGGAUGAUGAUGACGAAGAGGAUGAGGAAGACGAGGACGGAGAAGUAGGAAACAGCCGCCGACCGAGGAAGAAGGCCCGUCGAAGGGUCAACCAGUUCAUUGACAUGGAAGCCGAAGUCGAAGACGACGAAGAUGAACUCGAAGACGACGAGGACGAAUUGGCUCGCGAAGAUGGGUUCAUUCAGGAAGAGGGGCAUCCGGAUGAUGUCGAUAACCUCCGUGCCGACAACGACCGUAUCCACCGCGGUCUCGACCGUCAACGCGCCGAGGAGGCAGAGAUGGAUGCGCACGAGAUGGCGGCACGCUUGAAGGAACGGUAUGGACGUUCGGCUCGGAGCAAGUAUUCGGGUGAUUCGGCAAUUGUGCCGCAGAGGCUUCUCAUGCCUGAUAUCUCUGGGCCCAAGAUCUGGGGUGUCAGAGUCAAGCUCGGGAAGGAAAAGUCAAUCAUCAUGACUAUGCUGCGUCGUGCAAAGGAUUGGGAAAGAGCUGGUACGCCACUCACGAUCUACUCUGCUUUCGAGCGUGAGAGUUUGGGUGGGUAUGUCUACGUCGAGGCCGAUAAUGUCGCGUCGGUGUUAACGGCUGUUAAUGGUAUCCUUGGUGUCUACAUGGGUAAGAACGCAAAGCCUUUGUUGAUCCCGUUGGAGGAGAUGACGCAACUCUUGACCGUACAGAAGAAGAUCAAGGAGUUGCUUCCUGGUGCGUGGGUUAGGCCUAAACGCGGUCCAUACGCCGGUGAUCUCGCACGCGUCGAGAACAUUUCCGAGAACGGACUCGCAGCGACCUUGAAGCUCGUUCCCCGUAUCAACUACGCUAAAGAGGAGACGACCAAGGGUCCGAGCGGCAGAGAAGUCAAGGUCAAGAUGACCAUCAAGAACCGCCCCCCUCCGCGCUUGUUCAACGAAAUGGAUGCGCAAAAGGGAGCUCAACAUAAGACUUUCCAGCGUCGCGGGAAGAAUGUUUUCCAGUUCGGUAGCGAUACGUUCGAGAAUGGGUAUCUUAUCAAAGAUUUCCCGAUUCGUGCAUUGUCGCAGGAUAAUGUUGACCCGAGAUUGGAGGAAAUUACUGCGUUGGAACAGGGACGGGAUGAUGAACAGGGAUUGGAUUUGCAUCAGAUUGCGCAGUCGCUUAGGUCGACGGAACAGACUCAGAUCUUCUCGCUUGGUGAUCAGGUUGAGGUCACGAAUGGUGAAGCCCGCGGAACUGUCGGAAAAGUCAGGCAAGUCAUCGGCGAUAUCAUCACCAUCAAGCCCGCAGACCAAGAUCUCGGGGAUAUCGACGUCCCAACCCGUUCGUUGCGCAAGAAGUUCGUCCAGGGUGACCGCGUGAAGGUCAUCAACGGACGCUACAAAGACGAAACCGGUUCCGUCAUCAAGACCUACAACGACCAAGUCAUCUUGUACGCGGACACGAGUAACAGCGAAAUCACGGUCUUUACGAAGGAUUUGACGAUUGCGGAGAAUAGUGUUGCACCUCAGUCUGCGGGACAGUACAAGUUACAGGAUUUGGUACAGUUGGAUGCGACGACGGUCGGUGUUAUCACGCAUAUCGAGCGUGGUCUCGUGCGUGUCCUGGACCAGAAUGGAAUCAAGAAGACGUUGUUGCCGCAGCAGAUUCCGCUGAAGAUCGAUCAGCGUAAACCUGUUGCGACGGAUUCGCAUGGUUCCGAGAUCAGGGUCGGUGAUCAGGUCAAGGAGGUUGACGGCGAGGGCAGGAAUGGAACGAUUUUGCAUAUUUACCGUUCGUGGGUGUUUUUGACGAACCACGAAUACCACGAGAACGCUGUCUUCGUCCUUCGUUGUGUCAAGGUUGCUACGAUUAAUGCGAAGGGUGGGAGGCCUACCAGUGAUGGUGGUGCUGGUGAUAAGAUGUCUCGCGAUAUGAAGCCACCGCCGAAUGUUGCUAUGCCGAGUCGUGGUGGACGUGAUCGUGUCAUUGGGCAUAAUGUUACGAUCGCGCAGGGUCCUCAUAAGGGCUUGAUGGGUAUCGUGAAGGAUACGACUGAUACCCAGGCUCGUGUUGAGUUGCAUACUGGGUUCAGGAUCAUCAGCGUCACUAAGGACAAGCUUAGGAUCAAGACUCAGGAUGGUCGGUCACUGACAUAUGCCGAGUUCGUUGGAUCGAGAGGUGGACAGCGUGGGCCGCCUGGGGCUUUUGGACGUGGAGACAGAGGAGGAUCUGCUGCGCCCAGGGAUGCGCCGGCAUGGGCGAGGGGGAAUGCUACUCCCGCUUGGCAAGCUGCUAAGACCCCUGCAUGGCAAGGAAACGGCUUCGCCGGUGGAGAUGGUGGUCGUACGCCUGCUUGGGCUCAAGGCUCGCGUACCCCCGCUUGGUCCAUGGCCGACGGCGGCCGCACCCCAGCCUGGAACGCAUCUUCUCGCACCCCCGCUUAUGGCUUGAACGACGGUGGCCGUACACCCGCCUGGAACGCCUCAGCGCGGACACCCAUGCAUGGUGGUGCUACCCCGGCCUGGAACGCGUCUGCCCGAACGCCGGCUGCGCCGUGGGAUCGUCCCAGUCAAGAGAGGGCGGCGCCGUGGGAUCAGGUGCAGACGCCUGGGGCUAUCAGUGCGCCUACGCCUGGGGCUACUGAUGCUGCUACGCCGUGGGGUGGGGAUGAUGAGGAGCCGUCGUAUGCGCCGGCUAGUCCUUGAUCUUGAGGUGG